UGUUGGCGAUAUCCAUACUCGGCAAACGUGACCCAAGACGUAGUGAAAAUGAUUGCCAGAGUGUGUGUCACAUCCCAGUUAUUUCAUUCAUAACAGUGGUUUUUAUUUUGACAGUAAGAAUAGUGCACGAAAGCUGUGAUGUACGAUUGAAAAAACAAUAGGUGAUGUAUAAAGUAACCGGGCAUUAGUGCGGCUGGACCGUGUAACAUCAGUGAUAUUGACAACCGAGUUGUUGAGGAACAGGUUCUCCCUGCAUGUGUCACUUUAGUUAAAGCGUACCAGAAGAUUUAGCUCAUUAUCGUCAAAUCAUUAAAUUCCAACAUCCACCAAUAAAUAACCGAUAAAAUCACCGAUUUACACUAUUAUUACCGUGAUAAAUCGGAUCAGUGAGCCCAUGGAUAUCAUAUUUCGUGGAUGAAUACUAAUAGACUCACUUCGAUCCACAAAUGUGCUUUAACGUGUCGAUUAUUUUGGUGGUGAUUUUUUAAUAAGUGCGUGUGUAAUGCCUGGGAGUCGAUCCAGUACCGAUCCAGAACAUAAAUCACCGCGGGAAAGUGGUGAGGACUCUGAAGAUGAGAGUGAGAUUUUGGAAGAGAGUCCCUGCGGGCGGUGGCUGAAACGGAGAGAAGAGGUUUAUGUGGGCUCCAAGUCAACGCUGGCUGAUGGUACGAAUUUUGGAGGGCUCAGGAGUGAUAACGACGUAUCUGAGAUGGAGGUUGGACAACGAGAUGUUCCUGGAAUUGAUUGUGCCUAUUUGGCGAUGGACACCGAAGAGGGUGUCGAGGUUGUAUGGAAUGAGGUGCAGUUCUCUGAGAGGAAGAAUUUCAAAGCGCAGGAGGAGAAGAUUCAACUUGUCUUUGAAAAUUUAACGCAACUCGAGCAUCCCAAUAUCGUCAAGUUUCAUAGGUAUUGGACGGACACACAUAAUGACAAACCGAGAGUAAUAUUUAUAACCGAAUACAUGUCGUCUGGAUCGUUGAAGCAAUUCCUAAAACGCACAAAGCGAAAUGUCAAGAAAUUACCGCUGCAGGCGUGGAAGCGGUGGUGUACGCAAAUUCUUUCAGCACUCAGCUAUCUGCAUUCCUGCUCACCUCCCAUUGUUCAUGGAAAUCUAACAUGUGAUACAAUAUUUAUUCAACACAACGGUCUCGUCAAAAUAGGCUCGGUGGCUCCAGAGGCCAUUCAUCACCGCGUCAAGACCUGCAGAUCUAAUGUCAAAAAUAUCCACUUUGUUCCACCAGAAUAUGGAAAUUCAUUAACACCAGCCAUUGACAUUUACUCGUUUGGCAUGUGUGCCCUUGAAAUGGCUGCCCUUGAGAUACAGGGAAACGGUGACAGUGGUACAGUGGUAACCGAAGAUAAUAUAAGGAAGACAAUAGAGUCACUAGACGAUGCUCAACAGAAGGACUUCAUAAGCAAAUGUCUCCAGGCUGAUCCUGACAGUAGGCCGAGUGCACGUGAAUUAUUAUUCCAUCCAGUAUUGUUCGAGGUACAUUCGCUCAAAUUACUCGCAGCACAUGCUCUCGUCAAUUCUGCCACAAAUAUAUCGGAAACAAUUACGGAUGAGGUACUGCAGAGGUUAUAUGGACCGGACACUGUACUCGCCGAAAUUAGAUAUCAAGGACGACCCCCACACCAAAUACGACUCAGUGAUAUACCAGUUGCUGAGAAAUUGGAGAAAUUCGUGGAAGAUGUCAAGUAUGGGAUUUAUCCUCUGACAGCGUUCAUAGCAAAAUUGCCACCCCCAGUUCGUCCACGGGCCAUAUCACCUGAAGUCACUGAGUCAGUUAAAUCCGUAACACCAGAGCCAGUCGAUGUAGAGACGCGUAGGGUAGUAAAUAUGAUGUGCAACGUUAAGCCUAGAGAGGAAAGUUGCGAGUUGCUUAUGACGAUAUUGUUACGAAUGGACGAUAAAAUGAACAGGCAGCUGACGUGCCCUGUCUCACAAACAGAUACGUCAAUGCAACUUGCACAAGAGCUCGUACAUUUUGGAUUUAUCAAUGAGGAUGACCGUGAUAAAAUAGGAAAUUUAAUAGAGGAAGCUUUGCGAAGUUGUUUCAGCAAACAACUGAUGAAUCCAGGAAUGGUAUCCUUGACUAAUUUACCUAGUCAAACGACACUGCUAUUAUCAGAUCCAGAAUUUCCAUGCAUACAGAAUUUAGAUAACUCCGUAGGUAAUACUGUGCCACCAAUCAACGACAGUGUAAUUAAUAUAACGCCAAAAUUAACAGGGCUUUCCAAUUCGACAAUUAGAUCAUGCACAAAUACUGAUAAUGCUGAACCACCUACGAUUACUGAUAGUGGCAGUUAACCAUCCAUGAUACUCAGUAAAAUCAUUUCACUGUGCCACAUUGCACGCUCGAUGUAUAGACUGGCUAUGUAUUUUUAUAUUUUUAAGUAACUGCGAUUGAGAGGGGUAUCUGGGGGUAAGUGGCUGCCGUGGCUGAGCUCCUCCUAUUUUUUUAUAUUAAAUCGUUAUAUCUAUUUUUUUUUUCUCCAAUUUUAAUUCACACUAACAUCAUAUCCAAAUAAUUCGUGACUGUUGAUGACAAUUGCUUUUUUUAAUCAGAGAUUGGAGAUUAUAAUUCAGUGGAAAAUUGGUGAAGUGAGAAUUGACUUUUCCAUUUUAUUUGUAAUUAUUCCUCUCAUUAUCAGGACAAUUCACUAGUUAUUAGGGUUUAGACAAAUUAUUUUUCUCAUCACCUGCCACUACUUCUCCACUGAAUUACUUUUAAUUAUCUCACCAGGACCACCGUUGAUUAUAAUACGAUGAAUCGAUGAAUUAUAUCGGCAAAAUAGCGUCUUCGAACUCAAUAGAAUUUAACUAUACGUCUGCGUAAGAAAAUGAAAUUCGAAAAUGUUAAUUCCGAGGUGAGAUUUCAUGUAUUCUGAAAAAUCAACGUUGACCUUUUAAUACAUAGAAAGAUUUUAUUUUGACAUGUACAAAUUUGAGAAGAGACCAUACAUUAGUAUAAAAUUAUCUUUCUAUUGAAUAGCUCAAAAUUUUAAUUCGCCACUUUAUUUAUCACAACGUACGACUUAAUAAAUGCGUCCUUUUAAAUCCGAGAGCUUUGGAAAUGUCUUUCAUUCGUUCUGGCAGGGGUGGCUCGUCUGGUAGAGCGAGAUUGGCGAUUGAUAUCGCACUCUUCCGUCAUUUCUUCAUAUUCUUUUCUAUUGAAUUAAAUGAUAGCCUAUCGCAAUUAAAACGCAACAGUGGUUUGUAAGGAAUUUGAUACUCAAUCGAUUUGGCGACAGGUGGGAGGGAAAAUUGUUGAUUGAUAUUGGAAGAGCCACGGCGAUUCACUUGGGUAUUAUUGAUGUAAUUAAAGAAACCAAGAUUAUUAAAUCUCGAUGAAAUUAGCUGAAAAUCCCUGUAAAUAAUUUAUAUUUUUAAGAAGAAUGUCUGCGGAGGCAGGAAAACUAGUCAUAUAGGUAUAUUCGAGAAUUAACAACCACUAACAUCUAUCUUGUUAUGUCUUUUGCAUUUAAUGGGGCGGAAGUGUCGAAGGGGUAAUCACUUGAAUUAUUAUCAUUAAUUUUUAUUGUGAUUUUUGGGAAGUAUGAGUCGUUGGUAUGAUAAUAUUUCUGGAGACUCAAAUGUCGGAGACUUUUCUCAUCUCAUAGCAAAAAUGGAUAAUUCCUCAUAAAGUCAUGCACUAUCGAAAUAAAUUUGCAUUCCCCGGAGAUGUGAAAAGUCUUUUCUUCAAGUACGAAAUUGCGUACAUUUCCAACUGUCAGUGAAUACCCCGUCGAAACCUAGAUUAAAUAAAUGCGUGCUUGAGCAAUGGGAGAAAAAAAAAACUGCUCCAAUUUCAUACCUCGAUUUUAAACUGAAGAUAAUUGAAAAAUUAAUGAACAGAACUGGCUAAAAUUAAAUCAAAUUCAAAGACGCAUUUGACUACGUGAACGACUAACCAUAAUUAAAGGUAAAAAAAAACCAACAGCAUAAAUCUUCAUCUUAGAUAUGUAACUAGACUAUGACAUAAAAGUCAAUGUAUAGCUUUAUAAUAUCUGAAAGAAAUCACAAUUAUAACAGCAGUAAAACGAAGAAUAUGGGGGAGAAUAGGAAAGAGUGCGAGGACUGAAUCGUUGAUAUUAUGAAAACAAGGGCUGUACGACGAAUAAAUACUGUAAUAACUCGAAA